GGGACGCACAGGUGUACAGUGACACGUUAGUCACGCAGCGCUGCUGUUCACAAAGAAGAGAUUAAAUGUUUACACUCAAGUCAACGUGAGAAAAAAGGUGGAUUUCGCGCCAUUACGGUCAAAUUCACAUCGGUAGCGUGUCUUUUUUUGUCAGACUACUGCCAUGUGAUGGCAUAUGAGUCGAGUGUAAUGUAACAGUCUCCACCGACGCUUGUGUGCCGCUUUUGACGCUCAGUGACAUGACAUGGACGGCGGAGUGUCUCACUGAUAACAGAUGAACUGAGGAACGAUGUCGGACCAGGGUUAUGGCUUAACUCUCUCGGCUGCUCCCCCACUUCGCAGGGGCAGCACCCCCCUGCCAAUCAAGCAUCAGCUUAGGCGAGAGGAGGCCGUGUCUGAGGAUUACGAUUGGACGCCGGGGCUUGACGAGCCUGCGACUCCACAAAUCAGUAUCAGCAAUGUCCAAGAUUCGCCCACCCCAAAACCUCCACAACAAAAGUACCACGGACCCCUUCGGAUAGUACUCCUGGGCCAAAACGGAGUGGGCAAAUCUUCUCUGGCACUUUGUCUUGCCGGACUGUCCGACAGAUCACUCUCUAUAGACUCAGAAAAUCAAGCAAAUGAUGAGGGUUACCAGCGACGAGUGACCGUUGAUGAUGAGGACAGCACAGUUUUAGUGUAUGACAGUUGGAAACAGGACCUGUCCACCCUGCAAUGUGAGGUGUGCAUCCUGGUGUUCUCGUUGACGGACAGGCGUAGUUUCCACCGGAUUGCCCAGCUCCGCUUGCUGAUGAGGGAGUCUCUGCCCCACACCCCAAUCAUCCUAGUGGGCAACAAGAGUGACCUCGUGCGGUCCCGUGAAAUCAGCUUGGAGGAGGCUCACUCCAGCGCAAUGAUGUUUGGCUGCUUGUAUCUGGAACUCUCCGUCUCUCUGGACCACCACACUAAUGAUCUACUGGAGGCGGCUGUGAGAGCGGCCCGGGGCCACAGCCUAGGGCCCGGCUGGACAGAGGGGUCCCCCGCAGCAGCUCGAAGAGAGAGCCUGACCAGCAGAGCUAAACGCUUCUUGUCUGGGCUGGUUCCUCGCUCCCACCUCGGCAGAGACAGAGAAAGGGACGGAGGAAGAGACAGAGACCUCAGUAGACACAGAGGAAGUAGAAUGCUCAGGCAGAAAUCACGUUCCUGUCAUGACCUCAGCGCUCUAAUGUAACAAAAAAGGACUGAUGCCCCGUUCACACUGACAGCGAUUUUAUUGUUGGAGAUAGCGGCACUGUUGGUCGCUACCAGGCGUACUUGCCGCUGGAUGCCCUAAUGUAAUUGGUGGGCUGCGCAACUGGGUAUAGCAUUUUAUUUUAUUUUUUUUAAGUAAUGUUAUGUAUUGCCAGUAAAAAUAAGAUGGCAUUCUAUUUUGACAAGAUAUCUGUUUUCUUGCUGCUAAAAUUAACAUUCUGAUGGACAAAACAUUUGUAUAUAAAUUGCAGCAGUGCAUAAUAUGUCAAAUUGUAAACGAGAUUAUCAUUGCAUGUAUAAAACUCACACAAAACACACACUUUCGGUUUCACAUGCAUCUUUUUUUUUUAUUAUUAUUAUUAUUAUAUCACUGUACGUGGGUUGAAGCAAAUCAAAUAGGAUUAUUCCAUUUCAAAUCAAUUUGCUGAAAUUGUAGAUUUUGCUUAUAUUUCUUCUGAAGAAAGAUAUACCAUAAUGUUCAAUGCCAUGUAUCAAUAUAGUAAUCCAUUAUUUUGUAGAGUGGGGUCAAAAAGCAAUUUUCGCCAUAUAAUUUUGGAACAAAACUACAGUUAAAUAAAAAAAACUUUAAAAGGUGGCAGCAUCAUUAUUAUUGUUUUACAUCGUAUACUUCAGCACCCCUGGUAAUGGUAAAAAAAAAAAAAGUGCUGAAGUCAACCUAUUUUGGUGUAAAAAUAAAAUGAUGCUGCUACUUUAAGUUUAUUUUUAAUUUUUUUUACCUGUAUUUUUGCUCCAAAUCAUGGGCAGAAUAAUGUAUUACUCAGUAAAUAUUGAAUGUACAUAUACAUGGCAUUUUAUAAUCUGACAUUGAUCAUUAUUUAUCUGUUUCUUUCAGCAGUAAUAAGACAGCCCAGGACCUUUGGUUUAGUUGACAUAGAAUGACCCCAUAAACAAUUAAAUAAUUCACUUUAACAUUAACUACUUCUCCGUCUUGCCCUAUUAUCAGCUACAGCAUCUCACAGGAGACAGAGAAUCACAUGAGCUCCACUGUCCUCACUCCUGUUGGUCAUCGCUAUAUUGCAUCUUUUCCAUUUGAAUAAUGUUUUUACACACGUUUAUCAAAUUUGUCGAGUCACUGGACACGCCCACAUCACAUUGCGAAUGGUCACAGUAGCUUAUGUUGCCUAAAAUGAACAACUCUCAGUAAAACAAAUGCCUUCUGGUCACUUUUGCUCCAAAUCGCUGUCAGUGUGAACAUCCAAAUGGACGAGAGCGAGAGAUGGUUGAUGUGGAAGGAGGAGAAGAGGGUAGAGGAGCCAAGGAGAGAUAAAAGAGAAAACUUUAUAUAAGAUUGACAGGUGCGGAGAUAAGAGACAGUGUUGACACACCACUUCACAGAGGCGAUAAUCCUCCAGUGAUAUUACCUAAACUAGUAUGUGUGAAAUUAGUUGUUUAUACCAGUCUCUCAGUCAUUGAAUGUGACAGUGGUGCAGAGAAGCCAGCAAUGUAAAAACUAUCCUAAAAGAAAAUAACCUUUAAGGUAGCAAGAGUUCUCUAAAUAAAGACAGUCACACAAAUAUAGCACUGGAUCUCAGUAUAAUGAGUAGAUCGUGCUGGCUGUGGUAGGCUGUUAGUGCUGAUAGAGUAGCUCCUGUAGUAGAAGCAUGCUGACACAGCAAGGAUACAGAACUGUAGUAUAAGUUCUGUAGUAAAAAAUAAAGGCCCCCAGGCACUGAAAAAGAUACUGUAGUUAUUGCAUGGAUUUUCUUUUAGCUUUUCUCACCCUACUCCCAUUCAAAAUCUCUCCGUUUAUCACAUAGAAAAUAAUAGAAACAUACACAGUUUCCUAACCAUCACCAAACAAAUCACAAAGGUACUGUACAAACUUUGAUUUGAAGCAAAAAAGUAUAUACCGGUAAGUUGUUUGAGAGUGUAGGGAGUCAUUCACAGUGUGUCAUGGACAUGGCUGCUGCUGGUUUCUGUUGCUGUGGUUUGUUUGCUGUAUGUUUUGCAAUUAAACAUGAUUUUUUUUUUUAAAUGCACUUAUAAUAACACAGACUGAUGGCCUCAACAGAAGCAUAUACCAUCAAUUAACAACCUCGGAGCUCAUGGUAGGUCUGUCUUUAAAGGUUAUCAUUAAUAUUCAAGUCCCCUUUAGAAAUGUGAAUAGGAUUUUUACUUCCAGAACGCACUAUUGUGCUCUUUAUACAGCUACGAGGAGCUGGAUUUUGAAUCACUGAGAUAUCACUGUAGGUGGGGCUACUCAGCGUGACACAACUGAUAUGGAAACCAAACAACAGACAAAAUGUGUUGUUGCGCUUUGUUAGGACAUUGCAUCAAGCACCAAUCGCAGACAUAACCAGUGUGAGCUGAACUGAUGAUAGAUUUCUCUUUCACACAAAAUUGGUCUUUAUGUACAAUGUUUAAUGAUACAGAUCAGUUUUAUUUAUUGGCAAAUUUUGACCAAAAGAUUGAUGCAACGUGUUGACCUCCAACAGAUCGUUCUUCAUGCAAGCUGUUACUGCGGAGACAUAUGUCACCCAAGAAAUUUGCCUUGAGACUAAUAGCAAAGCUUUGUGGAACAUAUGGGCCUCAUCAACAGAAAUGUGGAGGAGGGGUAAUGGUAUUCAAAGCAUUUGUUUUUUUUGUUUUUUUCUAGUAUAAAUAGCCAGCCAUUUGCAGUAAUUGAGAAUCGUACCUGCCAGGGCCUUGUUUACAAGAGGAAUUGGCACUUGCUAAAAUAGUUUGCAUUUGCAGUUCCGUAGCAUGAUGAAUGAUUGAAGUGAAAAGGUGGUGUAUGGUCUGAUUUGAAGUGCUUCAGAAAAUGCAUUCAAAAACUCUUGGUUAAUGGUUGGAAUUAACUGACUAGUCAUAGAUUUUGAAAACAAGAGAACAAUAUUCAAAGAAAACAAGCAAUAUUUGUGAUUGAGUACUGAUAAUUCCUCCCUCAAUCAUCUUUUUUACUUAUUUGAUGAUUUGAAUUUUGAAACAUUAUUGCCUUUUAGUUAACCUGGCAGGAAGUCUGUUUACUCAUUAACUGGGGCGAACUCGCAAGCAAAAUCACAGUUACUAAUUGAUUGUUUUACGAUGUAAUGGGCCAUUUGUUGCUGGUGCUACAGCAGUUAUAAUGAUAAAUUGCAAUACAACAAUAAAAUGUUGUAGUUAUUAUUCUUACUGAUAUUAACAUAAAUUAAAACUCUUAAUUACACACACACACGUAAUUAAACUCGACCAAAGCAGUGGAGAAAUACACAGACCUGCUAUUUAAUGAGCAUAAAAUGAGAAAGAAGGCAAUAUUAGGCAAUCAGUAUUGGCAGGGAAAGCAGACUGGUCUGUAGAGAGAGCUUUGAUAGAGUCCCUUGAGUCAGACAGAGCUAACUCUAGAGAUUAACUCAAACUGAGAGUUGUGUCAAAUUGCCGUUGAACUAAUUUGACACCUCUGCCUAACAAAAGCAAGCCAUGUUAACACUACUGUCUGACAAGUGAACAAACAAUCAGACUUAUUUUCCUUUAUACGGGUUGAUUGUAAUAUAUAGUAUUUGAUUUAGCUGCUUGCAGUAGCUAAAUGCAAGUCUCAGAGAUCGAAAAAGGCACUUUUAAUUAACUUAACGCCAUAAAGCCUUGGGUUCAUGUUAGAAAUGUACUUCAAAUUACAUUUCACCUCAAUUGACUUGUUACUAAAUAAAAGCGAUGUUAGGACAAGCAAUACUGAGAAUGUCCCACUUUUUCAUGUAGUUUUAAAGCAUGUAAUUUCUUUUUCUCAUAAUGUUGUUAUCAUGAGGCUUUAACUGUGAUUUUACAAAGUACAAUGUGUUUUAUGGAUCAACAUCUUUGUUAGUCCUGGUGGCAUAACAUUCCUAUCAGCAACCAAUCAAAUGUUAGGGUUAGGGGCUUGAGCAACAUGCGUAACAACCUGCCAUUUCCAUGUGAUUUCAGGGGUUUCUAAUGGUUAGGCUCAGGUUCAGAAAUUAACCAGGACUCAGGUCUCAAAAAUGGCACUGAAAAUGAUCAAAAAUGACCCAGAUAUGUAAUAUUUUGGGAUCAAAAAGUGCCCCCAGAGAAUUAUACUGUGUGUGUGUGUGUGCGUGUAUAUAUAUAUAUAUAAACAUUUUAUAUUUUUCUGAAUAUUCUACUCUAGGCUGAAUGUACAGUGGCAAGAAAAUCUGUGGACCCUUUUGAAUUAGCUUGUUUUCUGUAUUAAUUAGUCAUAAAAUGUGAUCUCAUCUUCAAAGUCACAAGUGUAGACAAACAUGAUGGUGCUUGAGCUAACAACACACAAACAAUUAUAAUCUUUCAUGUCUUUAUUGAACACAUCUCAUUAAACGUUCACAUUGCUGUUGAAAAAGUUAGUGAACCCUUGGAAUUAAUAACUGGUCGAUCCUCCUUUGGCAGCAAUAACCUCAACCAAGUGUUUUCGGUAACUGCAGAUUAGACCUGCACAAACAUCAGAAGGAAUUUUAGACCAUUCUACCUUAAAGAACUGCUUUAGCUCAGCUAUAUUCUUAGUAUGUCUGGUGUGCACGGCUCUCUUGAGGUCAUUCCACUGCAUCUGUGUUGAGAUCUGUGCUCUGAAUGGGCCUCUCCAAAAGGUGGAUUUUCUUUUUAUUUAUUUAUUUUUGAAGCAAUUCUGUAGUGGAUUUACUUCUGUUUUUGGAGUCAUUGUCCUGCUGCAUCACCCAACCUUUACUGAUCUUCAGCUGGCACACAACCACCCUGACAUCCUGUAGGAUAUCUUGAUAAUCUUAGGAAUUAAUUUUUCAAGCGGUCCAGGCCCUGAAGCAGCUAAGCAACCCCAAAUCAUGAUGCUCCCUCCAACAUACUUCACCAUUUGGAUGAUGUUUUCAUGUUGGUAUGUGGUGCCCUUUUUACAUCAUAUGUAGUAGUGCUUCAUGUUCUUCAGUGCUGCAUGUUCCAAACAAUUCAACCUUAGUUUCAUCAGUCCACAAAACAUUUUCCCAGUAGCAUUAUGGAGUGUCAAGGAGUUCUUUGGCAAACUUCAGGUGCACAGUAAUGUUUUUGUUGGAAAGCAGUGGCUUUCUUAAUGGUGUCCUGCCAUGGACACCAUGCCCGUUUAAUGUUUUCCAUAUAAUAGACUCAUAAACAGAGAUGUUAACCAGUUCCAAAGAUUCAAGUCUUUAGCGGUCACUCUAGGGUUCUUUUUUACCUCAUUGAGCAUUCUGUGGUGUGUCCUUUGAGUCAUCUUGGCUGGACGGCCACUUCUAGGGAAAGUAGACACCGUAAUAAAUCAUCUCACUAUUUAUAGACAAUUUGUGUAUAUGGACAGAUUAAUAUCUAAACUCUUUGAGAUAACUUUGUUACCCUUUCCAGCUUUAUGUAAAGCAACAAUUCUUGAUUGUAGGUCUUCUGAGAUCUCUUUUUUUUUUGCAAGGCAUGGUCCAUUUCAGCAGAUGCUUCUUGUGAAUAGCAAACUCAAAAUGUUUGAGUGCUUUUUAUAAGUCAAAGUAGCUCUAACCCACACCUCCAAUCUCGUUUCAUUAAUUGGAUUAGUCUUUGUUGACUAACCUAGGCGUUCACUAACUUUUUCCACAGCACUAUGUAUUAAUGUUUAUGGGAUGUGUUCAAUAAAGACAUGAAAGAUUAUAAUUGUUUGUGUUGUUAGCUUAAGCACAUUGUGUUUUGUCUAUACUUGUGACUUUGAAGAAGUCAUCACAUUUUAUGACUAAAUCAUGCAGAAAACCAGCAAAUUCCAAAGGGUUACGUAUUUUUUAUUUUUUAUUUUAUUUUAUUUAUUUAUUUUUUGCCACUGUAACAAAAAACUAAAAACAAAUGUUAGCAGAAUUAAUUUGUGUAAAUUGUUCAUAAAUCCAUGCUUGUGUAAAUUGGUGCAUUGAAUUAAAUGCUACUAUUUACGUAUCGUACAUAUAUAAAAUCACUCAAUGUCCCUUAAAAUAAAAGUGUUAAUGUGUGACUUUUUAGGGGACUGAGGUAGAAGUGUUUGGUCUGUUUGUUUGACAAGGAUGUUGAUCCAGGAAUAUGUCCUACUUGGCAAAAUCACAGCCACCUUAUCAGGAGGGUUACCUCAAAUUACAUCUAUUCAGAAAUAUUGUUAAUGUUGAAAGAGUAAAGUAGUGCCAUGUAAGCAUAUUUUGAAACAAAGGUACAUAAUGAGACACAGAACCCACAGAACUGAUCAGGUUUGUUGUGUAAUUUCACCUGCUCACAUUUUAAACCCAUCACCACAUGGUCUCAUGGAAUCCACUGUAUAUACCAUACAGGACUAAACAUUUCUGUGGGGGCUGGCCACACAGGCUUUUGCAUCAACUAUGAAAACGCAACGUUCUGGAAACGUUCAGAGGUCAAACAUGGCAGCACCGUUUACUUGUUACUCACUAUUAAUGAAUGUUAUCCACUCUUGUCUUUGAAAAUGAGAGAUUAAAGACAAUUUGUUACAAUAA